AUAAAUCUAUCUCUGAAAACCACCCACGCAAAUUUUCCCGCAGCGUUGCUCGUUAUCAGUUUCAACGCACGACAACAAACAAAUGAGACGUCAUUCGCAUGUUAUUAUUUCGUUAUCAGAAUCGACUCAUUUCCCAGUUCCACGGGGAAGAACAUAAUUAAUCUCUUCAAACGAUAUAGGUAUGCGUAUCAAAUAUAUGGAUUUUCUGGAAGGGUGACACAACCAAAAAGACAUUUUCGUGCGAUGAAAUAGAUGGGAAACUAGAGAACAAUAAUCGAGGAGCAUGGAAAUUCCUGAACGAUUUUGUCCUACAAGGGUUUCCCCGUUUACAAAGAACGACAGAAUGUGCAUUAUGCUCGUAUGAACUACGAAGGCCAUGCAUGAAAGAGAACAUACUUUGUAUAGGCUCUAUUGUUCCUUGGCGUGCGUAAUAGACCGUAUUCACUGGAUAAAGUGUACGCGAGGCUACCUAAACUUAAUAAUAAUAAUAAAAAAAAAAAAAAUAACAGCAACAACAAAACAAUGAUGUGAACGUUUUGCACCAAUAUAGUAACUUAUUGUUAGUAGAAUAUUACGUUUUAUUUGUAAAUUUAUUGGAACACCAUGGUGAUGGUUUAUCGAGCGUAAAAAUCUUUAUUAAGAACACUACUUCCAAUCGCUAUAAUUUUAUUACAAAAAACAAACAGAAACGCUUGUAAAAUUAAUUAUGGAUGAUCGUAGUCACCUUUGACAUCAAAUGAAUUAAUCUUCACAAUCUAAUGAAUGAAUACCUCUUUAAUGUAUGUAAAAUUAAACACGUCCAUAAGAUAGUUAUAUGCAGAUUGAUAACCCUCGAUGACCCGUGACGAGGGAAUUUCCUGCAUCAGCAAGGAAGAGUGAAAUGUAUACAAAGACAAAACCGGAUAAGAAACCGACGGUGAUCCCCCGUAUGAAACAUUACAAAGCGAACAGGAAAAAUGCAUAGAGUUCGCGUUUCGUAUAUAAGAGCAGGCUCCUGCCCAAUGUGGCAUACAGUUCACUCAACUUCAUCCAAGAAGUUUAGAAACCUUGUGCUCGUCUCUACAAAGCAAAUUAAUCAAACAUCAUCGAAAUGAAGUUCAUCGCUCUCGCAGUGGCUCUUUUCUGUGCGGUAGCAUACGUUACCGCUGAAUUUGGGGAAGAACAAUUACUAGAAACUUACAAUCCAGUUCGUUUUCGUCGCGAGGCUAAUCCUCAGGGUUCAGUCGUCAUCAGGGGUGAGAAACCCCUGAGUGGUCCAGACCGCCGACCAUCCCUGGACAUCGACUACCAACAACGGGUCUUUGACAAGAAUGGAGUAAAUGCAAAUGCUUAUGGAGGCUUGAAUGUCCGCCCAGGACAAUCUGCUCAACCUCAUGUGGGCCUUAAUGCCGAGCGUAGGUUCAAGGAUGGUUUCAUCGGUGGAUUUGGUCAAGUUCAACGUGGCCCUGGUGGAAGACCUUCGCCUACCUUCGGUGUAAACGGUGGAUUCAGAUUCAGACGCGAUGUUGACGAGGUCGUGGAACAGGGAGAAGAAGAGUAAACCAAUUUCCCUACAAACAUCAUGGAAUUUUAGCAUCGAUUACGCUUAAAAAUUAACCCUUUUUCUCUGCGACAUCUUUCCAUUUCUAAAGGAUUACAUUUUCUUAAUGUAAUUAACAAUAUUUUACCAAAGAAAAUGAUCUUUUCACCUUCAAAAUUAAUCAUCGAAGACUAUAUGACUUUUAUAGCGAAAGGGUUAAUAACUAUUUAUUCUGGCUAUGUUUUACCUUAUUUAUCUUUAUUGAUUAAUAACAAUGUGAUCAAUUACUGAUCAAUUAUUGGCUGUUAAUAACGUAUUAAGUGUAUUGUGAGUUUAUUGCAAUAAACGUAAUUUUAUAUCCCA